AAUAAAUAUGAAUUGGUCUUCAGCCAAGGAGUAAUACCAUUCCCCGCGGAACCUCACUUGAUAUACAUAUACACUCUCGUCUCGUCUUUUGCGCUACAUAAUCGGCAAUUCUGUGAGCACAAACGAUAUUACCAAAACCAGUUCCAUCUUCGCUUCGUUCCCCGUCCCCCGAAAUUACCGCAGUUUUCUGUUCAUUUCAUCUCUCUAGGCGGAGCUGAUGGGCAGGCCACCGAGCAACGGGGGUCCUUCUUUCCGAUUCAACCCUACCGAGGUUGCUGAGAUGGAGGCUGUUUUGCAAGGACACAAUACUCAAGUGCCUGCUCGUGAAGUUCUUGUGUCUCUCGCUGAAAAAUUUAGUGCUUCACCCGAGAGACGUGGAAAGUUUGUGGUUCAGAUGAAACAAGUAUGGAAUUGGUUCCAAAAUAGGCGAUAUGCUAUCAGAGCUAAAACAUUUAAGGCUCCCACUCCUCCCAGUAAAGUUACUGCUCCUGUCAUGCCUCUAAGUGAACCAACUAUUGUAAGAACAGUCCCUCAAGCUCCCCAACCUUCCCCCCAUGUGGCAGUGAGACCAAUGACCCAAGCUCAUCAGGGACCUCAAGCCAUUGCUGCCCCUUCAGCAAGUGCAGGUAGGAAUGGUUCAGAUAACUCGCAAAUGGAGUUUGAAGCAAAAUCAGCAAGGGAUGGUGCAUGGUAUGACGUGUCAAAAUUUCUCUCACAUAAAUCCAUGGAAACUGGAGAUCCCGAAGUCCUUGUUCGAUUUGCUGGGUUUGGAUCAGAAGAGGAUGAGUGGGUUAAUGUUCGCAAAAAUGUUAGGCAGAGGUCUCUUCCCUGCGAAUCAUCAGAAUGCGUGGCAGUUCUACCAGGAGAUCUAAUCCUCUGCUUCCAGGAAGGUAAGGAGCAGGCUCUUUACUUUGAUGCACAUGUCCUUGAUGCUCAAAGGCGGAGGCAUGACAUAAGAGGAUGCCGGUGUCGCUUCUUGGUCCGCUAUGAUCACGAUCAAUCUGAGGAAAUCGUUCCUCUGAGGAAGAUUUGCCGUCGGCCUGAAACUGAUUAUAGGUUAGAGCAACAAAAUGCCGAUUCUGCCAAGCAGUCAAAAACCAGUAAUGAUCCAAUUCAGACAGCGAACACUUCAUCGCGGGUAGUCUGUGCUCCAACAUCUGAAGCAGCACAGAAACCACCACCACCAUCAGCCAUCAUAUCAUCUUCCAAGACAACUGAACCGAUGGCCAAAAAGAUGAAGACGGAUGUGCAUUUGUCUGCUUCAGCUCAAGUUGAUGUCUCUGCCUCUACAUUGAGGCACCCUAAGGCAGUGGAGCAACAAAAUACAUUUAUAGAUUCUCAAAUUCGCAAUACCGUAAAGGUCUGUCCCCCAGCAGAACCCCCCAAAAGAUUUACACCUUCGGCUGAACCAACAUUAUCACCUUUGGCUGAACCAGCAUUAUUGCCUCAAGCCGGACCAACAUUAUCGUCUCAGGCCGAACCACCACCUACGGCUGAACCAGCAUUGCCACCUACAAAUGAACCAGCAUUGCCGCCUCCAGCUGAACCAGCAUUGUCACCUCCGGUUGAACCAGCAUUGCCGUCUCGUGCUGAACCAACAUCAUUGCCUUCUGCCGAACCAACACUUUUGUCUCCAACCAAUCCACCAUUAAUUCCCCUGUCCGAAUCAACAUUGCCACUUGCGGUUGUACCAGCAUUGCCACCUUCAGAUGAGCCAGCAUUGCAGCUUCCGACUGAACCAGCAUUGCUUCCUCCAGCUGAAUCAGCAUUGGCGCCUCCAGCUAAACCAUCUAUGCCGCCUCCAGCUGAACCAGCAUUUCCGCCUCCGCCUGAACCCACUUUACCGCCUCCGGCUGAACCCACUUUACCGCCUCCGGCUGAACCCACUUUACCGCCUCCGGCUGAACCCACUUUACCGCCUCCGGCUGAACCCACUUUACCGCCUCCGGCUGAACCCACUUUACCGCCUCCGGCUGAACUCACAUUGCCUUCCGUCAAACGAGCAUUGACGUUUCCGGCUGAACCAGCAUUGUCGCCUUCCGCCGAACCAGCAUUGACGCCUUCCGCCGAACCAGCAUUGACGCCUUCCGCCGAACCAGCAUUGACGCCUUCCGCCGAACCAGCAUUGACGCCUUCCGCCGAACCAGCAUUGACGCCUUCCGCCGAACCAGCAUUGACGCCUUCCGCCGAACCAGCAUUGACGCCUUCCGCCGAACCAGCAUUGGCGUCUCCGGCUGAACCAGCAUUGGCGCCUCCGGCCGAACCAGCAUUGGCGCCUCCGGCCGAACCAGCAUUGGCGCCUCCGGCCGAACCAGCAUUGGCGCCUCCGGCCGAACCAGCAUUGGCGCCUCCGGCCGAACCAGCAUUGGCGCUUCCUGCCGAACCAGCAUUGGCGCUUCCUGCCGAACCAGCAUUGGCGCAAGAUGAUGUUAUGAUAGAUAGUCUUAUGCUACCGGGUAUGGAUUAUGUUUUUGAUGAUAUGCUAGCCAGUAGCACUGACAUGCUUGAUGCCAUUGGUUCCUCCGGUAGUUUGCAGCAAUAGUAGCUGUCAGUAGUUCUUAUAAACUAGUAAAAAAUAGUCUCUCAACAACUAUGGUCGUUUUAGUUUAAAAAUAUGACACUGAUGUUUUUACUAAAAAUCAGUUAAUUUUUUGCAAUGCUUUUAACUUGUAUUUCAGUUCAAGCCAUACAUCAAUCACGGAAUAUAAUAUAUAUCUUUUUGUGUAGUUUGAACCCCAUCGAAUCAGUUAAAUC